CUGGAAGUGGAGCCAGAAACGGGGUGGGGGGCACCCAGCUUCCUCCUGGAAUUUCCCCAAAGCCUCUGCUGGUUGGCUAGGUGAGGCCCCCUCCUGGCCUGGGACUCAGGAUCCCGCCUGGGGGGUGAUAGCUACUCCGGAAGAGGAGGGCAGCAGGAGAGCCCGGCCCCAGCUUCCUCCUGGUGGGGCACAGGAUGCUGGGGGAGGAUUUCUGGGCCUCAGGAGAAGCAGCUCCGUGGGCACCGGAGGGGACCUGAGGCUAGCAGGCGCCGCCCACAUCGUGUCCUCUCCAGGAGCCAUGAGAUGCAUCCGUCCCUUCUUGCUGGCCAUCCUGCUGUGCUCGGAGCAUGCCCUGAGCCUUCAGUGCUACAGCUGUGCUGAAGCGGAGACCAGCAGUCCGUGCCAGCCCUCCCAGUGUCUGAUGCAGGGUGUCUGCUACACUAGUGACAUAACCUUGGCCUUGGAAGAUGGAAAUCGGGGGAAGUACCAGCAGAAGGGGUGUGCCCCCUCCUGUGAGGAAGUCUCCCGGAUACUGCAGCAGCUUUCCCAGAUCAGCGGCCCCGGCAAUCUGGGCCUGCUGGGCCUAGCAAAGCUUGAAGUGCAGGGUGUGAGGUGCUGUGAAAGGGACCUCUGUAAUGGGGGCACACUGCCCCUGGGCCCUGGCGGGGGGCUCCUGCUCAGCCUAGGGCUCAUCUUCCUCUGGGCCCUGCUGUGAGCAGCCCUGACUCCAGCACGGAGAGCAGGGCGUCGUCCUGAACAGAGUCACGCAGCAGGCACGUGAAGCAAGCUCGCUGUCCCACCCUCGCGCACGCACACGCACACACACACCGUCCACACACACGCACCGGCACGCACAGACUCUGCAGACCCUCGGCCACUCCCGCCCAACCCACCUGGCCAGCCCCAGCCUCAGGCCCCCAGUACCCUGCUCUGCCAACAAGCCCGGCCCGUUUUGCAAACACCGUCAGCAAACGACUGCCCCAAGCUGCAGAGACCGCUGCGCUCUGACCAGAUGGACCUGUAGGAGGGCAAAGCCCACAGCCCAGCCUGGGGUCCUGCUCCCCGUGUGCCAGCCAGCACCAGGAGAAAAUAAACCCUUUCCAUAUCUUCCUAUUCUCUGCUUGCCAUUCGGCCCCCUAGGGGAGGGUGGGUGGCCCUGGGGCCUGCCUGGGAGGGACACGGCACUACCACUUGGUUUUCCCUCAGACAGGCGAGUGACCAUGGCCCCAAGGGCUAGGAGCAGUGGUCACUUUUGGAGGGAUUAGCUCUGCUCAGCUGGGUGGGGGUUCCCCCUUGUCCCCAUGAAGCGUUUCCUCCAACGCACGCUACCUGCCCCCCCAGCUCUUGCGGGGAGCCUCCAUACGGAGCCUCUGCCCAGGGCAUCUGGUGGCUGAUGUGCUGGGGGGGUUGGCUUCAGCAGAGGUAGGUGGUGGUGAUAGUGGAAGAGGGGGUCUUGGCUGCUUUCUUUCCUCUUUCGCACAUUUCCUCUUUCACACAUGUCCUCUUUCACACAUUCUUCCCCUCUGAGCUCCUGCCCCCAAAGGUGACCCCAAAGCUCAGAGCCCCCCCACCCCUGCAGCCCACAGGACCAGCUCCUCCGCAUGGGAUGGAAAGCCUAGAGCUUCACCUCCUCCCUAGGUCCCCCCAGUCACCUCUUCCAGGAAGAGAAGCCCCCUCCCUCGCCGCCCGGUCCAGCAGACCCUGAGUGCGGCUCUGGGAACUCCACGGGAUUGUCAGUCUUCAGGGCCUGGAGACCAGGGCAGAGCCUUCCCUUCACAAGCAGGGAAACUGAGGCACAGGGAGCCUCAUGCCAGUCUGUGCCAAAGACAAGGAACCAGAAGUGCCGCCCUGGCCCACAUGUGACCUCUGUGCCCCCACGGAGCUGACCAAGUGACGACUCCCUCUGGCCCCUUUGCUUUGGAGUGGAAAAGACUGGCAGACCCAGCCUCACCCCCAAACAAAGCUGGGGGUGCUAAAGGAAGUACAGGGCGUGGGGAAGGGGACACCAGCCCCACAGGGACAGGUCUUGGGGGCAGAGCAGGGCCUCUGAGGUCUGGAAAUGUGACGCCUCUUCCCCAACGCCCCUCCUUCCAGCAUCUCCCAACUCACCCCACCACGGUGCCAGCCACACCCCCACACCCCGACUCCACACCCCCACACCGACCGUGCCAUGCAGUGGGGGGGGGCUCCGGGGGGGCAGGGGGUGCUUUGUGGGCAGAGGGGUUUGAAGAACCACAGCUUGUGGGCCAUCUCCCACCUCCUGACCUCACCCUGCUGUCCCCCGGUGACCUUGGGCAAGGGCCCACAUCCCCUGGCCUGCCGCAGUGAAUUCACUCUGCGGUGACCAGGGCCUUCCACGUGUGCCGGCUCAGGGCAAGGGACACAGCUGGGUCCUGUCCCCUGCCGUGGCAGUAGGCGCAGCCAGAGCCCCGGCCCACGUGCUCAGCUCACGGCGACAUCCUCUCCCUGGGCUUCAUCCCUCCACCUUGAUAAGUGUUACUAAUUUCUGAGAGUAUCUCACACGUGUCUUUUCAUUUUGAUUGUUAUGUCAUGAUAACAGGCAAACUGUUUUGACUGUUAAUAUUCUUAAUAUUCUUAAAUAUCAGUGGGUUACCCAAAAAUAUUUUCUGUUAAUAUACGAAGAGAUUUUCUUA